CGGUGGCGCCGGGCGGAAGUGGUAGUGCUGGGUGACCAUGGCGGCAUCGGGCGGGGCGGCGCGGCCCGGGGCGGAGGUCGUGCAGCUCAACGUGGGCGGCAAGAGGUUCAGCACAUCCCGCCAGACACUGACCUGGAUUUCAGACUCCUUCUUCUCCAGCCUCCUGAGCGGCCGCAUCUCCACCUUGAAGGAUGAGACGGGAGCGAUUUUCAUCGAUCGGGACCCCACUGUCUUCGCCCCCAUCCUCAACUUCCUCCGGACAAAAGAGCUCGACCCCCGAGGCGUCAGCAUCUCUCUCCUCCUCCACGAAGCCCAAUUUUAUGGCAUUACCCCUCUAGUUCGCCGCUUGCAGCUACGGGAAGAAUUGGACCGUUCAUCUUGCGGCAGCGUCCUCUUCAAUGGGUAUCUGCCCCCCCCAGUCUUACCAGCCAAACGCCGUAACCGGCACAGUGUGGCGGGGCCACAGAUUGCCGCCCGUUUACCGGCGACGACUGACAGAGCCCCGGUGCGACGCAGUAACACCAUGCCCCCCAAUUUGGGUAACGCUGGUUUAUUGGGGCGCUUGUUGGAAGACCGAACCCUCACUGCCGCGAGCGAACCGGGAGCGGUACGGAUCGUCUGCGGGCACCACAACUGGAUCGCGGUGGCUUACGCCCAGUUCCUUGUCUGCUAUAGGAUGAAGGAGACGUCGGGGUGGCAGCAAGUCUUCUCCAGUCCCCGCUUGGACUGGGUGAUCGAGCGGGUGGCCCUCAACGCCAAGGUGCUCGGCGGAGCUUUGGGUGACCAUGACAAGAUGGUGGCGGUGGCGUCUUGCAGCGAGAUCAUCCUCUGGGCCCUGCAAGCUGACGGCAAUGGCAGCGAGAUCGGUGUCUUCCACCUGGGAGUGCCGGUGGAAGCCCUCUUCUUCGUGGGGAACCAACUCAUCGCCACUAGCCACACCGGCAAAAUCGGUGUCUGGAACGCCGUCACCAAGCACUGGCAGAUCCAGGACGUCGUCCCCAUCAACAGCUACGAUGCUGCUGGCACCUUCCUCCUCCUCGGUUGCAACAAUGGCUCCAUCUACUACGUGGACGUUCAGAAGUUCCCCCUGCGCAUGAAGGACAACGAUCUGCUGGUGACGGAGCUUUACCGUGACCCCACCGAAGAUGCUGUCACCGCUCUCAGCGUCUACCUCACCCCCAAGACCAGUGACAGCGGGAACUGGAUUGAGAUCGCCUACGGCACCAGCUCCGGUGUAGUACGGGUCAUCGUGCAGCACCCUGAAACAGUGGGCUCCGGUCCUCAACUCUUCCAAACCUUCACCGUACACCGCAGCCCUGUCACCAAAAUCAUGCUUUCGGAGAAACACCUCAUCUCCGUUUGUGCCGACAACAACCAUGUCCGGACCUGGACAGUGACUCGUUUCCGUGGGAUGAUUUCUACCCAACCUGGCUCGACGCCGUUGGCUUCCUUCAAAAUCCUCUCCCUGGAUGAUCUUGACGGUCCUGCCGGCUGCGGCGCCGGCACUGAUAUUGGACCUUUCGGCGAACGGGACGAGCAGCAGGUCUUCAUCCAAAGAGUGGUGCCAGAUGCAUGCCAGGUCUUCGUCCGGCUUUCCUCCACCGGUAAAAGGAUCUGUGAGGUGCGUUCGGUCGACGCCGCAGCCAUCACCGCCUUCACCGUCCACGAGUGCGAAGGCUCCAGCCGGAUCGGUUCCCGCCCGCGCCGUUACCUCUUCACCGGCCACGCCAACGGCAGUGUCCAGAUGUGGGACCUCACCACCGCCAUGGAGAUGUUGGGGAAGCCCCCAGAAGCCGGCGGUUUGACCGAAGAGGAGCUGUUACGGCAACUGGAUCAAUGUGAUUUGGCAUUAACUGGACCCCCCGGACCCGCCCGGACCCCCAACACCAGCCUUAGGUCGCCAGGGCCCAGCCGGGUGGAGACGCCGACCCCUUCCCCACCCCUGCCGAAACACCGUGGGGAACCCCUGGGUGUGUCCUCCCAACCCCGUUAUCGGGGGUCAGAGGGGGACUCUCCCUUUUCUGGGGGUCCCCGAGGGGGGGGCAGUUUUGUGGAGCGCUGCCAGGAACUGGCCCAACGCCUCGGCCCCCCCGAGAACCCUGAACCCCCCCGUUUUGGGGGGAAAAGCAAAACCCUCCGCCCCCCACCUCCACGUCGACCCCCCAAUUCUGGACCCCCCCCUACAGCUCCCAGGACUGUGCCCUCUCCCCCCGGGCCUGUCCCUGCCCCUCCUGCAACCGCUGAUGCUCUGCCCAUCAUCCCGUUGGCGACCCCCAAAUCUCGGCUCAACGAGACGUCGUUUUGAGGGGGCAGGACCCCCCCCGCCAUGUGCCUUCACUUUGGGGGGGCACUGCUGUUGUCUGUGCCCCCCCCUCAGAUUUUGGGGAGGGGGGGCACAGAGGAAGGUCCCCCCCCAUGCCAAAGCGCUGUGGUUUUUGGGGUUCCCCCUCCAUAUACCCCUUUUCACC